CGUGUUAAGUGCAAUUAUAAAUGCUGGCCAUGGCCACCCAAACUUAACGUCCAAACUCAACAAAGCGUCCUGAAACUAAGGAGUUUUUGAAGACGCCACCAACACGCCACGUUUCAUUUCUGUAAGCGGAAGCUCGUCAAUCAAAUUCUUCACUUUCUUCUUUAAACCUCUCUUUUACUCCACACUAUGCACCUACAAAACUAGCUGUAUUUCUCAGCUGUUUCACUCCAAAGUUUAACCGGACGGCUGUUUCUCUCCGGGGAACAAAUCAAAUCUACUUUUUAGAUUUUUGGACCCAAAUAAUUACUAAAGUUAAACUAAAUAUUUCAAUCAGGUCAUUUCAGAAGGGUAACUAGCAUUGAUCUAUAGAGAAUCAAAGGUGGUGAACUUAUGAGUAGUAUUAAUUGUCAAAUGUUUUGUGGAUAAAUUGUGCUAGCUCUUCUCAUGGGUUGUGUCUUGACGAAAAAAAGUAGACGAACGCCUGGUUAUGAGGAGCCUACUGUUCUUGCUGCUGAAACACUUUGUCAGUCCUUGUCCCUCGCCUUCACUGUUAGUGAAGUAGAGGCCUUGUAUGAGCUGUUUAAGAAAUUAAGCAGUUCAAUAAUUGAUGAUGGGCUAAUUCACAAGGAAGAGUUUCAGCUUGCACUCUUCAGGAACAGAAAUAGGAGGAAUCUUUUCGCUGACAGGAUCUUUGAUCUGUUUGAUGUCAAGCGCAAUGGGGUCAUCGAGUUUGGGGAAUUUGUUCGAUCGUUGGGUGUCUUUCAUCCAAACGCACCUGUGGAGGACAAAAUUGCAUUUGCUUUCAGAUUGUAUGAUCUAAGGCAGACUGGUUUCAUUGAGUGGGAGGAGUUGAAGGAGAUGGUUUUGGCGCUACUGCAUGAAUCAGAUCUCGUACUUUCAGAUGAUUUCAUUGAAACUAUUGUGAAUAAGGUUCAGAUAACUCAACCCUUUCAACUACACUAUCUCAUGCUUAUUUGGUCCUCCUCCAGUCCUGAACUUUGUCUUUUUUCGCAGACCUUUAGUGAUGCUGAUACAAAAGGUGAUGGAAAAAUUGACCUAGAAGAAUGGAAAGAAUUUGUGUCUAAGAACCCCUCUCUGAUAAAGAACAUGACUCUUCCACAUUUGAAGGACAUAACCUUGGCCUUUCCCAGCUUUAUGAUAAGUACUGAAGUUGAAGAUUCAGAAGUCUAGGUUCAUAUCAUAUCUAAAAUGCAUCGAUAUUGUUGCUUUUUGAGAUGAACAUAAUCUACAAGCGAACUUAGAUUCCACAUGUUUUCAUAUCUAUGCUCCACCGGAAAAACUAGAAGCAAGCUUAGAGGAAAUCGUAAGUCUCCUAAAGCAGAGCCAAGCUACAACACCUAUCCAUGACUGCUUUUUUUUGCGAUGUUAGCAGGUGCUUGUACUGUUUUGCUGGUAGAAACUAACUGUAUAUAGUUGAUGUUUAUUUGCAUCUGGUUUCAUAUUAUGAUGCUGUGUGCCUUUGAAGAGGUAAAUUUUCAAUCCCACUCUUGUUCUUCAUAUGUAAUAAAGGGGUUGUUUUAUUAUUCUAAA